UUACUUAUGUCGGAACAUCCCUAAUUGUCCUACGCCCGCCAUUUUUACAGGCUUUUUUGAUACUACGGUGUUGGACGCCCUAAACAAACUUUACACUACAGAAGUAUUUUAGAAAUUAGGGCGUAAUUUUCCACUGGAAGAUAGUCUAAGAUGUCGCAGUUUAACUUUUUGAAUGAAAUAAACAGCGCUUUAACGAUGGAUGGAGAAAUAACGCGAGGUCCUGCACCGCGGUGGCAAAAAAAAUUGGAAGCGUCUGCAUUGGCGAACAGUCUUAACGGAAGUAUAAAUGCGUCCCGUUCGGUGCUAUCUAUGUCAUACAACACCAGUUUUUCUGGAGUAAAUCCACCAACAAAGACGCCUCGAAAAGUUGGAGGCGAGGCAAAGAACAAGAAAACGCCAACACCUAACAAAGGCGCAAAGACUCCAAGUGGAGGCGACCGCUUCAUCCCUAAUCGCGGAACCAGCAAUUUCGAGCUUGGCCAUUAUUUGAUUAAACAGGAGCAAGAAAAAUCGGAAAAUGAUGGCAAUGACAAUAGCAACAAUGCUAGCAAAAAGACACCAUCAAAAAUUGCACGACAGAAAUUGAUUUCUGAGACUCUACAAGUUGGUGAUACAAAGACGACGCGCAUUUUAUGCUAUCAAAACAAAGCACCCGCUGCACCAGAAUCUCAUCAAAAUCCGUUAAAAGUUGUUUACUCAAUUAACACGCCUAUAUCUACUAAGAGUGGCUCUCGUUAUAUUCCCACCACUUCGGAUCGAAUACUUGAUGCCCCUGACAUAAUUAACGAUUACUACUUGAAUCUAUUAGAUUGGAGUGCUGAUAAUAUUGUUACAGUGGCUUUGGGAAAUGCAGUUUAUUUAUGGAAUGCAGCAACAGGCAAUAUAGAACAGCUGGUGGAGUAUGAGGGAUCUGAUCAUGCGUGUUCUCUCUCAUGGAUACAGGAGGGACAAAUUUUAGCCAUUGGAAAUAAUACUGGUGCUGUGGAAUUAUGGGACUGUUCGAAGAUUAAACGUCUGCGUGUAAUGGAUGGGCAUUCGGCACGUGUUGGCUCUUUGGCAUGGAACUCAUUUUUAGUAACAUCAGGCAGUCGCGAUGGGUCUAUCAUACACCAUGACGUACGUGCCCGGGAACACAAAGUAGCCACACUAAACGGUCACACACAAGAGGUGUGCGGACUUAAAUGGUCUACAGAUUUUAAACACCUUGCUAGUGGAGGUAAUGACAACUUAGUUAACGUAUGGGCGGCGGUAAGCGGGGGUACUGGCAGUGGUACAGAACCGUUACACGUACUAAACGAACAUCAAGCGGCGGUAAGAGCGUUAGCAUGGUGCCCUUGGCAGCCAAAUCUUUUAGCUAGCGGCGGUGGGACUGCAGAUCGUUGCAUUAAAUUUUGGAAUGUCAACAAUGGCUCAUUAAUUAACUCAGUUGAUACAAAAUCGCAAGUUUGUGGCCUUUUAUGGUCGCGUAACUACAAAGAACUGAUUUCUGCUCAUGGUUUUGCACACAAUCAGUUAACGAUAUGGAAGUAUCCUUCAAUGGUAAAACAGGCUGAGUUAACUGGGCAUACUUCGCGUGUACUGCAAAUGGCAAUGUCGCCUGAUGGCAGCACGGUAAUAAGCGCUGGUGCAGAUGAAACUCUUCGCUUAUGGCUUUGUUUUGUGCCAGACCCGCACACUGCAAAAAAAACAGCACCAAGCAAGGCUAAGCAGAGCGCCUUCCGACAGAGCAUACGAUAAACUCGAGCAAGUUAAAUACUACAAGUACUACAAGCAUACAUAAAUUCUCAUAUGAUAUUUCCGAUACACAUGAUUCAUUUGAAGAUGGAAAAAUUCAUGUCUGCAUAUUUUAAUAGUAUUGUAAUUAUAAUUAAUUAAUUAAAAGUAAUUAAAUUAAAAUUUGAGUAGAGACAUUUUUAUGUUUUCAUUGUAAUAUGCAAAAAAGCACUAUCAUUUUGUAAUUUUUAUCAUCAUUAACAUUGUAUUUUCAUUUGGUUUGCGUUUAGUAUUUUUUAUACAUUUGCAAUUAGUACAGAGAGUUUAAUGCAUUCGCUAUCUCAGGAAUGUUAUGAAUCAGUACUAGUACCUCAAUUUGUAUAAUAAUAAAUUUGUAUUUUUAUAUGUAUUUUUUAUGUAAUACGCCGAGUACUUCAAGAUUUCUUAAAUAAACUUAAACCAAACUUAUUAUUAUUAUUAUUUAUUUAUUUAUAAGUUAUAACAAAAAUAAAUAAAUAAGGCUAAGGCACGGUUUAUAUUAGAGCGAUACGAUAUGCAAUACGAUACGAAAGCGACAUCGACAUCGACAUGCUGGGUACAUGGGAAUUGGUAGGAAGCGGUGAAAACUGCACACUUGCACGACAGGGACACUGCUGCGACAUAAUCAGCCCUAUUACCAAUUCCAUGUGAAUAAAUCGUUCCCAUAAUUUAACAGGCAAAAGAAGAAAAAUUGGGAAAAAUUUGUUUUUGUUUUGCUAUAUAAUUUUUGGGAAUAUUUGUAUCGCGUAUCGUAUCGCUGUAAUGUGCACCCUGCCUUAGAGUCAUUUAUAGCCAUUUUUUAUUUAAUAAGUCAAUUGAGCUAAGGCGAUGAACACUUGCACUGAAAACAUCUGGAUCGAUUCGCAGAUUAAUCAUCUUUAUAUUAAAAUU